AUGGCGUUUGUCGUUCCAUCUGAAUUGAAUAAGAACGGAAAAGUUCCGUCGUUUUCAAGGCGAUUAAUGAAUUUGAGUUUGAAUGGGUCCGUCAAAGAUUCUUCAUCGUCAUCGUCACCAUCGACAACAACAACAUCAAAAACAGCAACGGCGACGGCAGCGAUGGCGACGAUGAUGAAACCCGAUGAACAGUCUCUUAUCGAAGAGACUAACCAUGGGUUAGAAAACAAAAAUAAAAACGUUAAACAUGGCGAUAUUUAUAUCGUAUGCAGACUCCCACAACGACGUCGAUUGAACUUAUUCGGUUCUCCAUCGAAAUUCGAUAGAGAUCAAGAUAAAUCUGAUGAUCGUCAUUAUUCUCGAUCAUAUGAUGAUUUUAAUGAUGAUAACAAUUACUAUUAUGAUGAUGAUCAUUACGGUAUUUAUGACGACGAAGACGAUUAUGAUGAAGACGAAGACGAAGACGCUGCUGAAACUGAUCGACUUAUACAUGAACUUUUUCUAGAGUGUGAGAAGGAACGAUGGGCUAAGUUAGGUAGAAAGGUACCCGAUAAUUUUGUUAAUCCAUUUGAAAUCGAUGAUUAA